AAGUUCAGACUUGAGAAACAAAAAGCCUUUACCCUUCCGUAGAAAAUCAUGAUCCCUUUCCAAGAUUCCCUUUCAGCACCACUUCUUGCCAGAGGGUAGGUAAAGUAAAGUACCAUUUCCCGCCACAAAAGCCCUUCCUUCACCUUCAGUUCCCGCCACAUAUAUGUUCCACAAGAAGAGAAAAGAGAGGCAAGUAAAUCACCAAACUUCAAAAAAAGAAGAUGAAGGGCACAUCAAAAUUCAUCAUGGGAGCAACCUUGGUAAUGGUGGUAAGCCUUGCCAUUGUUCUUGGCCUCAUACUAGUUCUACUAGCUGAACUCUAUUGUUCUCUCUUACUCCGCCGCCGCCAGCUGAGAAGAAAAACCAACACCAUUCCCAUCUCCACCACUCAAACCACCACAACCAUAUCAAAUCAUGCUUCUUCCCCUUCACACACCCCACAACACUCUCCUUCUCCUCCUCCCUUUUGCAAUGAUUUUUACUCACAGGGGGUCCUCCAAGCCCCUAGAAGCUUCCUUUUCCCAUGCAAAGAUGAACCAAAUGCAACCCCACGUGGCAUUGGACUUGUUUCUGCUGUCUCAUCAUCUCCUUCGUUAGCAUCAUUCUUGGCAAGAGCUCCACCUCAUUCUCUUCUUCAGCAACAAAACACACUUCAAGUUAGUGCUAGUGGCAUUAAUGAAAUUCCAUGUGCUGAUUAUAAUAACAAGUCUUGUGGUGGUGGUGUGGAGCACCUUGUGUACAUUUCCAACCCCAUUUAUGAGAACGAAGAGGGGAAAGCAAGCGGGGCAAAUGAUACCCCGUUUGAGACACCACACACUUCACCCUCUCGUUUAGAAAGAAGUGGUUCUUCUGGGGAAGAUGAUGAUCAUGCUGGUGCUCAAGGAUCACCACCACCACCACCUUCAGUUACACCUCCUCUCACCCCUAUGAAGAAGCUCCCUGCAGCAGAAGGUUCUUCUGUUUCUCUUAGAGAUGCCACUUCCUUGGGUACUUCAGGAAGUGAUUCUCAUAGCAUCAAUGGUCCAUCUUCUUCUUCUUCCUUGGAUACCCCUUGUACUUCUCCUUCGUGGUGAUUUUUUCUUUGUCAACGGCCAAGGUUGUGAAUAAUAUUGUUAGUGCUCAUGACCAGUAACGUAAGAUCUAGCCACUUGUCUUGGCAGAAAAGGAAAGACAAAAAAUGCUACGAGUACUUUCUAUUUUUCAGGCGUGGCCAUACCUAUUAUAACCAUGUCAUUCUCAUGACAACUCUACUUUUUAUAUACCUAUCUUCGCGAUCUUACCGUUUUUACAUUAGGGAAAUGCGUAGUCUAUGUUUCUAUUUGCUUCACUUUUGUAUGGUUUUUAUAGGAAGUUGCUGCUAUUCUAGUAACAGUAGCAGACAAGCUCUUGAUUUUCCCAUUUUAUUUAUAUAAUUUUGGGAUUGGGAGAUUGUGCAAGUGAAUUUUGAAGGAUAACUUGCUAAAAAGUUUUUUGUUA